AUGGUGUUCUGCGCAGCUCGUGAGAAGCUUGACCCAGAGUUUGUGAGAGCAGAGGUUGCCCGUGGUCGUGCUAUCAUCCCUUCCAACAAGAGGCACUUGGAGUUGGAGCCAAUGAUAGUUGGGAGAAACUUCUUGGUGAAAGUGAAUGCAAAUAUUGAGAAUUCUGCUGUUGUGAGCUCCAUUGAGGAAGAAGUUCACAAGCUUCAAUGGGCAACAAUGUGGGGUGCUGACACUGUUAUGGAUCUCUCCAGGGGCCGCCACAUCCAUGAAACCCGUGAAUGGAUCCUACGUAACUCUGCUGUACCAGUGGGGACUGUCCCAAUUUAUCAAGCACUUGAAAAAGUGAAUGGAAUCGCAGAGAAUCUGAACUGGGAAGUUUUCAGAGACACCUUGAUUGAGCAAGCGGAGAAGGGUGUAGAUUAUUUCACAAUCCAUGCUGGCGUUCAGCUUCAAUAUAUCCCUUUAACAGCGAAACGAAUGACUGGAAUUGUUUCUCGCGGGGGAUCAAUUCACGCAAAGUGGUGCUUAGCUUAUCACAAGGAGAACUUUGCUUAUGAUCACUGGGAUGACAUAUUAGACAUAUGUAAUCAAUAUGAUAUAUCAUUGUCAAUAGGUGAUGGACUGAGACCUGGGUCAAUUUAUGAUGCCAAUGACACUGCUCAGUUUGCAGAGCUAUUAACUCGAGGAGAAUUGACACGUAGAACUUGGGAAAAGGAUGUGCAGGCAACGACCUUUUGCUAUACCCUUUCUAUACCUUCCUUUGUACAAAAAGGGGUCCAAACCAUGCUCUCUGAAGUGUUCGCUCCAACCCGUUUGAAAGUUAUGAAUGAGAACAUGCAAAAACAACUAGAGUGGUGUAGUGAAGCACCCUUAUACACUCUUGGACAUUUGACUACUGACAUUGCUCCCGGAUAUGAUCAUAUCACCUCAGCCAUUGGUGCUGCCAAUAUUGGGGCGCUAGUCACUGCACUCCUCUGUUAUGUGACACCUAAAGAACACCUUGGUUUACCUAAUCGUGAUGAUGUGAAAGCUGGAGUUAUAGCAUAUAAGAUAGCUGCUCAUGCAGCUGAUGUUGCAAAGAGUCACCCACAUGCUCAAGCCUGGGAUGAUGCGCCAAGCAAGGCAAGGUUUGAGUUUCGAUGGAUGGAUCAGUUUGCUUUGUCAUUGGAUCCAAUGAUUGCCAUGUCAUUCCAUGAUGAAACCUUGCCAUCAGAUGGCGCUAAAGUGGCUCAUUUCUGCUCUAUGUGUGGGCCUAAGUUUUGUUCUAUGAAGAUAACAGAAGAUGUACGGAAGUAUGCCGAGGAGCAUGGUUAUGGGAAUGCUGAGGAAGCUGUGAAGGAUGGAAUGGAAGCUAUGAGUGCAGAGUUCUUGGCCGUGAAGAAGACUGAGUGGGGAACAACACGGUGA